GUCAACAAGAUGACUCUCUGUAACGUCCUAUUUAAGGUCCGACCCACAGCUGAUAUUUAAAGGGACUAUGUUGCUUUUUUUCAUGGCUUUGUCAUCUCAAAUGACGAGUCAUGUGACAGUGAAGCUGAAGCUGUUGUGUCAGUGUCGGUACUCAGCACUGACAUUUCACACUGGAGUCUCUCUCUGGGAAGUGUUUGUGUUAUCCAACCGGUUAUCCAGAAUGCUAUCUUUCGUCAUUAUGAGCCUAGUGGCGUUUGCCUCUGGUAAACCAUGUGAUACCAAUGGAUCCAACAACGAGCUGCUCCUGACACUCAAUAAGAAUCUCCUUCGUGCUCUGGAUGGUCAGGAAGGACUCCCCAAUCCCAGUGUGCACUUGGCAUUACGACUUUCUAACUACCACAACCUUGCCAAGGAGAGCGAACACCUGGAUAGACUGAAAAAUAAUUUGCACAAUGACUUACAAAACUCUCUCGUUAACAGCCGCCCUGUGACCGGCCUCCUGGCGUUGUAUGCUCUGGCUUUAAAGUCCUCCUGUUACGACCUCAACACAGUCACCUUCACUGUUGGUGAGAAGAGUGAGAUUCUGCUGACACACCUGAAGAAGCAGAUGGAAGGAGAAAAAGAUCAUAUUGCCAUUGCCAACCGCCCUUUAACCAACUAUUACCAGUACUCUCUGGGUGUGCUCACUCUUUGCGUGAGCGGCAUCAGGGUCAACAGCCAUGUCAGCAACAAGCUCAUCAAGGCAGUAGAACAUGAGCACUUCAAACAUGGAGACUCUGAGAGUACUGAUACCUAUGCCAUGGCUGGAAUGGCACUCCAGUGUCUGAAGGACGCUGACUCUCAUGUGCACAAUGCUGCUGAGCUAAACACAGCCCUUAGCAACAUCAAGCAGAAGCUUCAGGCCUCUCAUAGGACUGAUGGUCAUAUUGGUAAUGAAUUCAGCACAGGCCUUGCAGUUCAAGCCCUGUUGGCAAUGGGCAGCCAGAUUGAAGAGUGUGCUGCCUCAAUGGAGGCCAUGAGGACAGAUGCCAGAAACAACACAUACCACAACCCCAUGGCCAUAUCCCAGCUCCUGCCAGCUCUCCAGCAGAAAUCCUACCUGUCAAUAAAAAGCAUGCAGUGCCUCAAUGAGGAUGAUACUUUAGUGCUGGAGCCUGUAGAUCCUGUGGUGGUUUUACCAAGUGAAGCUAAAGUGACUGUGGCUGUGGAAUUGGUUAUGUCAAGCGGGGCAUCUGCUCUUUACUAUGUGGACGUGCCAAAAGGCAGCUCUCUGUUGGAGGCCCUUGAACUUCUUAAGGGGAAUAAUGUUGGCUUCACGUUUGAGAAAGAACCCAGCCUGUGGGGACCUUUCUUAAGUGUGGUGAAUGGAGAGCAGGCCAGGCAGAUCGACCGCCGAUACUGGCACAUUUCCUCUGACGGCACUGCACUCAGUCAGGGUGUCAACGAUUUCAAGAUUGAGGUGGCUCAAAAGAUCACUAUCAAAAACACAAGCUACUAAGAGUCGGUCACUGCUAACGCAACAGUGAGUGAUGAUGAUCAAAAACAGUUCACUGUUGAGUUUUCCUAGCCUUUUGUUGUUUUAACCACUGAUUAUACUUUAGAACAAAAUGACAAUAUUUGGCUGUGAAUAUUCUAUCUUGAGUAUGUAAAUUGUAAAUCUUUUUUAAAUAAUGGAUUGUUCAAUGAGCAUUAAAUGUUCAUUCAAAUGUAUUACAAAAAGUGUGACUGAUUUUUAAGCAAAUAAAAAUGGUUGUAAUGUUUUUAUU